AUGGAUCGUUCCAAGAAGCCUGCUGCCAUCGGCGUGGGUGCGUCUCUCCCACAGCCUACUAUCUCCAUCCAGGAUAACGCUAUCUCGGCCACCCUGCCCUCCGGCGAGUCCGUCACCAUCCAACUCUACGGCGCAACAGUCACCUCAUGGAAGGCCAAUGGCCAGGAACAGCUCUUCGUGAGCCAAAAGGCCCAUCUGGAUGGCUCUAAGCCUAUUCGUGGAGGUAUUCCGCUCGUUUUCCCGAACCACGUCACCUCUCCCCUCCCCCAACAUGGCUUCGCUCGUAACUCCAACUGGGAGUUCCUUGGAAAGUCUUCCUCCGAAUCCGCUGAGACCGCUGGUCAGGCUAAGGCCGAUCUGGCCAUGAAGCUGGACUUCGGAUUGUCGCAUACCAUGUUGACCGAGGAGUUCCGCAAGGCCUGGCCCUUGGAAUUCGGCCUUGUAUACAGCGUAACCCUCACCAAGGAUACUUUGGAGACAUCGCUCCAGGUUCGCAACGAGGGAACUCAAAACUUCGAAUUCCAGGUCCUCAUGCACACCUACUUUAACAUCGAGAAUAUCUCAAACGUCCGCGUCAAGGGCCUCGACUCCAAGACCUACGUCGACAAGACCCGCAACGCAACCUCGCACACCGAGACAUCCGCCGCCCUCGCAAUUACCGAAGAAACCGACCGUGUCUACAAAGAGCUUGACCCCGCGGUGCCCGUUAUCAUUUCAUCUGCCGACGAUGAUAAGCCAAUCUUCUCACUCACGCGCAAGGCCCUCACCGACGUCGUUGUCUGGAAUCCCUGGAUCGAGAAGGCCAAGGGUAUGGCGGACUUCGGCCCAGAUGAGGCUUAUCAGAAUAUGCUUUGCGUCGAGGCUGGCGCGGUGUCGGAAUGGCAAACUCUUGAGGCUGGAGAGGCUUGGGAAGGAGGCCAGACUAUUAAGUCGCGCCUGUGA